GAAAAUAAGAUAUGGUAAACCCCUGCACUCAAAACCCUCUUUCCAUUCAACACUCUCCAAAUUCCAAAGCAACAAUGGCUCUCUUCCAUUGCCAUGCUUCUCACCACAGCAUGGUCACUCUCUCAGCCUUCAAUUCCAAGCCUUUUAGUGCUUCUCUACCUAACCCCUCUUCCUUGACUACUCAUCAACACCCUUAUCCUCUCACCACAACCACAACCACUCAUCUUAACACCAAUACCUCCCUUUCACUCUCCACACUUCCCAGAAAAUUGCUCUGCAAGCCACCCCAAGGAAAAUAUGUCAGAGAUGACUAUCUUGUGAAGAAGUUGUCAGCUCAGGAAAUCCAGGAGCUUGUGAAGGGAGAAAGAAAAGUGCCUCUGAUUAUUGAUUUCUACGCGACUUGGUGUGGACCAUGCAUCUUAAUGGCACAAGAACUUGAAACGCUUGCAGUUGAGUACGAAAACAAUGCAAUGAUUGUUAAGGUUGAUACAGACGAUGAGUAUGAAUUUGCACGGGACAUGCAGGUUCGAGGGUUGCCUACUGUGUUCUUUAUUAGCCCUGACCCCAACAAAGAUGCUAUUCGAACUGAAGGACUUAUCCCAAUACAGAUGAUGAGGGACAUUAUUGACAAGGAUAUGUGAAACAAUAAAGGGUUCUUAUCACCUGACGUAGUUUGUGUUCCUGGAUCCUGCAAUAUACUGUCUGGUGUAAUGGUAGCCUAUCCGGGACAGAAUUGAAAUGCUAACCGAUUCAUAUGAUUUUGGCUCUUGAAGGUUACAAAUCUUAUGAUAUUUAUGUAAGCUUUGAGCUCGACAUACUUUGCAGUGUAUCACAUGUGAUGUCAAAUGGAGUUUAUAACACAAUCAUGUACGUGCCCCUCAUUCAUCAAAAUAUAAAAUGCUUUUGAAAUGGACAAUCUGUGUGUUAGGUGGUGAUUGAGUUGAGCUUACAUGAUUAAAAUUAUUAUUCUGUCA